CAAAUGUUCAAGCCGUUCCCGUCGGCGAGCACCAUGUGUUGAGCUUGUAUCCUCACAGCAAUUCUUCGCCUCCGAUUAAUCACCCAGCAAGUCCAUCCCGUUCUCCAAGAGACCAAGGCCUAUCUAUCAUCUAUGCAAUAUGAGCGCCCAGUCGAAGCUCCUCACAAUUGGGUUGGUUUUAGCUUUUGGCAUUGGCAAUGCCUAUUAUGCAUUCAAUCCGAGUUUGAAGGAGCUCAAGGAACAAAAGGAGGGCGCAAGCAGCAGCAAACCACUCUCUAGUCAACAGCCCUUCAGACCACAACCACCACCUGGCCAGCAACAAGAGUCUAGAUGAGAGCAGCAAGUCCUGGCAUUCCCAUUUGAUAGCCUCGUUGCUUGAGCGUGUGGUUGCACCUAUAAGUAAAGCGGCAGUUUGGGCCUUGCGUAAUGCCAUACAGAAGAGAAGCGUGAACUAAGUUACUGCUAAGUUAUCAGUUGUAUUGUACAUAUAUGUAUUUGUUCUCAUAUACCUAAGGUAAUGCAGUGCUAUAGGACAACAACCGCUCCUAUCUUCUUGUUUGUGGGUUAACGACAGGAGAAGCGCGAACCUGGGACUCACUGUUUCUGACUCUCUGUUCAAAGGUCUUAAGUUAAUAGGGCUUCGACAUGUUAACACUCCUACACAGCGGUGAUGUGAAUUGCACCGUAUCAUUGCUUCUUGUUAUUGUCUAACCCGAACGCUAUAGAUUCCCGA